AUGCUUCGUAGGGCUGCUAUCAACUCCCCGGCUUCCGCUCUGCGGUCGCUGGUUUCGCCCUCCACUCGCUCCUUCCACGCCACCGUCAUCGCACGCGAUCCGCCGAAUAAGCCCACCUCCUCCGAGGCCGCCGCUACGGCUAAGGACGAGGAGCCUACCCCUUCUUCAUCGGGCCGUAGCCUUCUAGGAUCCAUCAUCUACGGCUCCGAGUCGGCCAAAGCCGAGGGUGAUGUGAGACUGCCGCCCGGGCAGCACUCUAAGAUCGUUGGCCGUGGCAAGUACGUGCACGAGAAGAUCACGCACGCUGUCAAGCCUGGGCACAGGGAUGCCUACAUCAAGGCGUGUGAAGAAUACUUUGCCACUCUGAUGCGGGACUCGAAGGACCUCGGAGGCGUCAAGCUGUGCGGCUCGUGGGAGACCAUUAUCGGAUCUGUCGGCAACUUCGUCCAUAUCCUCGAGCACGAAGGGUACGCUGGCUAUGACGAGACUCGCCGCCAGGCGCAGAAGAACGAGACCCUGCAGGCACACCUGAACGCCAUGCUGCCGCACCUCGAGUCCCGCCAGCACCAGAUGGUAUCGGAGUUCUCCUUCUGGCCUUCAUCGCCCCCGAAGGAUCACGGGGCUCCUGAUGGCGGAAUCUACGAGUUGAGGACGUACCAGCUGCGCCCAGGCAAGCUGCUCGAGUGGGAGACGGCUUGGCGCCGUGGAAUCGAAGCCAGGCGGCGCUACGUCGUCGGCCAGCUUCACGAGGUGCACCACAUCUGGUUCUAUCCCGACAUGUCGACCCGCAAGCAGCUCCGCGAGGCGGCGUGGUCUGUUAGCGGGUGGGGCGAGACUGUUCAGCAGGUUCGUGUCGACAAUCUGUAG